UGAAGUAGACAAUGAAGACUUUUCCACAACUGGGCUGUUGGGUACUGAUAUUCAAGAGUGAAAACAAAGAUUAUGAAGUGGACAAUGAAAACUCCUCCACAAGUAGCCUGUUGGAUACUGACAUCGAAGAGAACGAGCAUGAACUAUCAGAUUCCAAAGCAAACAUGCUUGAUGCUGCAAGGAGUGAAGAUGAAAACGAUGUGGACAGUGAAGAUUUGAUGGAGGGCAACACUAGUGGAGAAAACACAUCUGAAUUUUCUGAGGUCAGUGAAGACACAGCAGAUACUGGUGACAAGCCCUUGUAUCCUGGUGCACCUCUUUCAAAAGGAGAAAGUGUAUUGAUGCUGAUGUCCUAUCUGUUACGGCACAAUUUAACCGGCGAGGCACUUACUCACUUACUGGAAAUGUUUAACAUAAUGUUUCCAGGUCUGAUCCCAUCUUCACAUUACAUUUUCCACAAAGAAUUUGGAAGUUCAUCUAAAUUUGAAGUUCACUUUUAUUGUGAAAGCUGUUUUAAAUACUUUGGCAUUAGCACAGACUGUCCCUCCCAAUGUGACUCUUGCAACACAGUAUUUGAUGCCAAUGCAAACCUAAAGAAUGGCUUUUAUUUUCUUGUGUUGCCCCUGUAUGCACAGAUUAAGCAACUUCUGCAAGAGCAUGGUGUCAGUCUUAAUGAAAAAACUACAACAUUUGGGGUCCUCUCUGACAUACAGUCUGGUGAAGAGUAUCAAAAUUUAUGUGACAGUGGCAUUCUUGGAAAAGAUGACUUGACGCUUAUUUGGAAUUGUGAUGGCGCACCAGUGUUUAAAAGUUCUAAAUGCAGCAUUUGGCCAAUUCAGUGUCAGGUAAUUGAACUGGAACCAGAAGUGAGGAAAAAGCAUAUUCUGAUGUCAGCAUUAUGGUUUGGCGCAAGUAAACCAUCCAUGUUAACAUGA